AUGCACGAGCUCACUAGAGAUGAGUCAGAGGAGUGGAAUUCCUGUGAACAGUGCGGAAAGAAUUUUAAUAGCAAAAAAAAUUUAAGAAGACAUUUGAAAUUCCACCAAGACUAUAAGAAACCAUUUAUUUGCGAUUUUUGUGAAAAGGCUUUUUAUCAGAGUUCAAACUUAAAACAGCAUUUGAGGAUACAUACCAAAGAAAGACCCUUUGCUUGCAAUCAAUGUGACAAGACUUUUUCAUACAAUUCAAACUUGACAAGACAUUUAAGAGUCCACACUAAGGACAGGCCGUACGCUUGCAAUUAUUGCGGGAAAUCAUUUUCGCAGGGUGCACAUUUGAAAUCACACUACGACAGAAUACACAGCAACAGAACCUACCCUUCGACUCAGAAAGCACACUGGAACGUGCACGCUUUGGGCACGAGACAAACACCACGCACCUGUCGUUAUUGCGAAGAAUUUUUCGAUAGCUUUUCAAAGUAUCUAGUGCAUUUGAAGGUGCACGAUGGCGAAAAGCCGCAUUGUUGCGAUUGUUGCAAAAAGACAUUUACCACUGCUAUUAGCUUAAAAACGCAUAUGAAUAUACACACUAAAGAAAAACUAUACUCUUGUGAGUAUUGUGAAAAGACCUUCACACAUGCAUCAAAUUUGUCUGUGCAUGUGAGGAUACAUACGGAAGAAAAGCCGUAUAGUUGUGAGUACUGCGACAAGACUUUCCGCAGCUGCUCGGAUAAGAUAAAGCACGUGAGGAUUCACACUAACGAAAAACCAUAUUCUUGCGAGUAUUGCGAAAAGACAUAUUCCGAUAGUUCAGCUUUGAAAUCCCAUGUGCAGUGGAAACACACCAAAGAAAGGCCGUUUCAAUGUAGCGAUUGCGAGAAGAGUUUUGUCACAAGAAAAAGUCUGAAAAUCCAUGCAACAGUACAUGGCAAAGGGAGUGUGGCCAUUAGAAAGAAGCCACCGAAGUCUGUUUUCCUGUAG